UUAGCUACCAUCAUACGAUUCGAGCGAUCGGAGGCCAUGACAUGGACACUGGGGGCAACCUGUGGAGCAGCUCCCCCUCCCCCCUGCGUCUCCCCCUCCUCGUCGUCCUCCUCCUCACGGGAGCAGCACGGGACGGCGGCACCGGCGAAGCGGCCGUCGGGGCGCAAGAAGGUCAACCAGACGCGACACCCGGUGUACCGCGGCGUGCGGCACCGCGGGGGGCGGUGGGUGUGCGAGGUGCGCGUGCCCGGAAACAGCCGCGAGAAACUCUGGCUCGGGACGCACGUCACCGCCGAGGCAGCCGCGCGCGCGCACGACGCCGCCAUGCUCGCGCUGCGCGGCUGCUCCGCCUCCGCCGCCCCGCGCCUCAACUUCGCGGACUCCGCAUGGCUGCUCGACGUGCCGUCCGAACCCCCCGACGUUCGGCGCGCGGCGCUCGCGGCCGUUGUGGACUUCCAGCGUAAGCAGGCCAAGGACGGCGCCGCCGAAGCCUCCGUCAACGAGGUAACAUCUAACCCUUCAGCGCCGACGUCGUCGUCCUCGCACAAUGCAGGCUCGUCGGCGGCCACGUCCCAUCCUCCUGCUGAUGGAACGUUUGAGGUCUCGGCAGUACUGGCCACAGUGAGCAGCGACAUGUUUGACCUCCACACGAACGGGGAAAUGGACUUGGACAGGUACUCCUACUACACGGACCUCGCGAACGGACUACUCCUGGAGCCGCCGCCACCGCCGGCCACCUGCGGAGACUGCGGCGAUGGCGGAACUGAUGCAGAGUUGUGGAGCCAUCAACGUCGAUAAUCUUGGCACAAUCUUCUGAGUUGUCAUUCCGUUGAACAAUAGGAAGCCGCCUCCAAUAUAAUAAAA